AUGCUUCACAGGAUCUCUCUUCUUGAGUUGUCCCUCCGUUUUCUGGACACAGUCCGCUUCUCUGACAUCGCCCGGUGUACAGACAUCGGAACGCUAACCCACCGCGGGAGCCGUCUGGUGCAACGCCAUUUUCACUUAGAACAUUUUGCUAUUCUCGUUCGCCGCGCUCUUCCUCUGCCGAGACGCGUUGUGUUCCGCUUGUCUCUUCAAGAAAGGAGGCGUUUUCUCUUGCAGCUAGAAAGGAACGCGGUCGUAGCGACAGAGAGGACGCGAGACAGAGAUUCCCUCCGCUCGUCUUUUUCUUUUUGUCGCACGUCUCUCUCUCUGUUCCAGUGUAUGCUGGCGCUUCUUCUCUCUUUGAGCUCCGUUGUGUGGUUUUUCUUGUUUCUUGUCACCUCCAAAGUUCUACUCUUUCGCCGCAUCUUCCCUGCCUCUCCGUCCUUUCUCUGCGUUCUUCCCCUCCUCCCUCCUUUCCUCGGUUUUCGUCCCUCCCCCACAAACUUCUCUCGACAUCCCUCCCUCUCGCGAGUCUCUCCGUCUCGGCUUCUCUCCCGGGCGUUUGUCUCCUUCACCUCGUUUACUGUCGAGUCCCUGUCUCCUGAGAGCCUCUCGCCUUCUCGGCGGUCUUUUCUCUCCCUGCUCUUUUCUCCAGUUUUCCCUGUUCUUCUCUGUUUCCUCAAAAUGCCGAGCGCAGAGGGUAAUGCGGCGACGCAGGGCGCCUCUUAUGCGUCGAUGAAAGUCCAGGAACUCAAGGACCUUCUCAGCCAAAGAGGUCUGCCCACGACUGGAAAAAAGACGGACUUGGUCGAGCGCCUGCUCCAGGCAGAUGUGGCGGCGGGGUCUGAGAAGGCCGCGCCUCUGGCCGUUGACGCUUCGCUUCUUUCCUCGGCGCCUCUUGAGGCUGCGCAUGCAGACGCGCAUGCAGGGGGGCUGGAACUCUCUGGGAGCUUCGAGGCGAAGGAGGCGGCCUUCUUGGAAGGUCUCUCGGAGUCGGGAGCCGCGGCUCUGUCUGCCGAAGGCUCGGCAGGCGCCAAGGCCGCUUGCGGGGUGCCUGCAGGGUCGACGGAAAAGCCAGCAGGCCAGGCUCCGGCAAUUGAAAACAUCAAAAUCACGCAGUCGAUGACGGAGGAGGAACGUCGGGCUCUGCGGAAGGCCAAAUUCGGUACGAAGACUGACGACGAAAAGAAACUCGACCGAGCGAGACGCUUCGGUCUGUCCGUCCCCGAACUGGAGGAAGAGAAAAAGCGACUCCGAGCUGAACGGUUCGGCAGUGCCUCCGGUGCAGCUAAGACCAGCAGCAUCCAGAGUCUGCCGGUGGACAAAUUGGAAGAAGAGAGAAGAAGAAAACGGGCGGAAAGAUUUGGCAUUGUCAGUGAGGAGGAGAAGAAGAGGAAACGUGCAGAGCGAUUUGGAGUGACAUCUGAGGAGGAGAAGUUGGCGAAGCGUCUCCAGAGGUUUUCGAGCCCAGCUAGCGGCACCGCAUCGUCGCCAGCGCCUCCUGUAAAGGUUACCGGCGCCUGA